GGAUGUAAUCGAAAUAAUAAAAAGUUUGAAAAAAAAUUAAAAUAUAAGAGUUAAAUUAAUUUAAAAAUGAAGAUUUAAGGGUGUAAUUAAAAUAAUAAAAAAUUUGAGUGAUUAUACGAAAAAAAAAAUGAAAAUACAGAAAAAAAAAUAAAAUAUAGGCAUAGACUAAAAUUAUAAGUUGAUAAAGUAAUUUUGGCACAAUUGAAGACCCAAAAUUACCGCUAACAAGGGUAACAUAUUUGCAGAUAUUAGUGUUAAAGACUACAAGCCUCUUAACUUUUACUACCUGUGAGUUGUGAUGUAACUUAGAAAUAUUUAGAUUAGAAGUGUUACCUUAUUGAUUUAGUUUACAUCUUCAGGUAAGGGUGUUUAAUUGGUGGAUCGAAACUAGAAAAUGAAAAAUUGGUGGACCAAAGUCGAGCCAAUUAAAGGGGGGUCCAUCGAUAGGGUCUUAUUCAAUCAUAACGAGUCUAAAUAAUUUUUUUUUCUUGUUUUUAAUAUUAAUUAAAAAAAGUAUAUAUAUCUACACACAUAUUAUACAAUGGUUCAAAUAAAAUUAACAUAAUGUAAAUACCUAAUUUUUGUUCCACAAAACAGAAUUUGAAAUUUGGGUUUAAUAAUAAUAUAAAAAUAAUAUACAAUAUAUUAUAUAGAAGAUAUCAUAACAUUUUGUCUCAAAAAGUCAUAGCAUUUUUUUUUUAUAAAAUUUAAAAAAUAUUAAAAAUGAUAUUUUCUAGUUCAUAAUAUAAAAAUAAAGAAUUAAAAAACUGUGUUUUAUUUUCUAAAGAUGUAUUUAGUUAUUUAACAUAAAAUUAAAAAAUAAAACUAUAUUUUUUUACAUUCGAACGGCCCUUUGUAUCUUUUAUUUUACUGAAAAUUUGAAUUUAUUAAUUGUAUGAAAAUAAUAUUAAUGUAAUAAAAUAAGUCUCUCCAAAAGACUGAGUUUAAGUAAUAAUUUCUCUUGGGCUAGGCGAGUUAGUGGGCCUGGGCCGACAUGUCUUCCUUUUACCUAAAUAAUAAUUCAAGCCCAGUAAAUAAUAAUUCCAAGUUGGAGAUUUAGCAAAGAUUCUAGCAUCACAUUGAAACUAUAUAUGAUUGUUUUAGGGGUGAGCAAUCAUUUCAAUUAAAUUGAAAUAAUUGAUUCGAAUUAAUUAAAGUUAGUAGUUUAAUUUGAUUUAAUUUGUAUUUUGAUUCAGUUCAAUUUUUAAAUUUGAAUGUUUCAGUUAUUUUGUUUUGAUAAAAUAAUUGAAUCGACAAAAUAUAAAAAAUGGCAUUUUUUUUUUUAUCAAAUUUUCAGUUUUUUGAUUUUUUUUUUUCAAGUUUUUUAGGUUAGUUUGGAUUUUUAUUUAUUUAUUUUUUUGGUUUUUCAGUAUAAGCAUCUAUUUAGUUAAUUUGGUUUAGUUUUUGAAAAAAAUUAAUUUAUUCAAUUUAAACAAUUCGAUUGAUUCUUCGAACUAACGCUCAAUCCUAAAUUAUGUCCUUGCCCUCCAAAGCUGGAAUUUCAGUUCAAAAAGCUUUAACAUAAUUUCCAGGCCAUGUUUCAAAAUGGGCGAAGUGGGUUGUGUUGGGCCUGCCAGCCCAUAAACAGCCCAUUUCAAAAGCAGGCCCAACCAAUGUUAGUGAUUAAAAAUUAAAUAAAAGUGAGAUGCUAUUAUGAAAAGAAGUUUAAUUUAAAAUUAGAAAUUUAGGUAAAGUUUACGUUUUUUUGUAAUUAAACCCUAAAGAAAUGUAGAUUAGAAGUAAUUACCGAAGUUGAUAGGUUCUGCUGUUCAUAUAUCCCACUGAUUCUGUCUGACCCACAUGCGUAUCCCUCCCAAGAACGCUCAAAUGCUGUUUGUUUUUUCAAAUUCAUCUCACUUUGGGAUUCGAACUGCAUCCCUCUGUUUACUUUUACUGUUUCAUUUUCAUUUCUUACGCGUAACAAUCCAGAUUUGUCGCUAAAUUUGAAGUCUUGAAUUCAAAUUUUAAAUGUUCUUUUCCAAGUUCUAUGUAAAUUUUUAUCAUUAUUAAUUGGGUUUGGUUUAAGAGGUGUGGUUGAAGGCUAACUCGGCCUGGUAAUCAAUUGAGUCACUAGCUUGCUGAUGUGUUGCAUUGUUGCAGCUCACUCCUCAUGCCCUUCUCUGCUCUCCUCAAGAAAACAAUGAACCAUUUUUUAAUAGUUCUCUCAUGAAUUCUGGGUAGUAUAUUCAGUUCCUCAUCUGAUUCCACAUUCUUGCUUCUUCUCUUAGGUCUUAGUUAAUUAAUUAAUUCGUUAUCGAUUUCUUGGCACGCCCUUUUGCUUGACGCUUCAACUGACGGCCAUGCAUAUAUAGCAUCUAGUUCAAUGUUUGUUUCCCUCUCUCUUCGCUUAUUUAGUUUCUUCUUUCGUGUUACAUUUUGUUUAUCCGGAUUUGAAACGCUUGAUGCAUUGAAUCUAUUGAGAACUGUUUAUAUUCGUGUAUUUUUUGCUCGGGAAGGCUCCAGUUGUUCUGUAUCUUGAUUUUUCUCUUUUGCUUUGUUCUGUAUGACUGUAUCUUGAUUCACUAAGUUGGUUUUGUUAAGAGUUUGUAGAAUCUGAGCUUUACGUAUGAUGAUUGGAAAGGAGGUGUGAUAUUUGAGUUUUUAGAUUUGCAUCAAAAUUCGAAAUUGGGUUGUCUUCUUUUGAUGGAAAAGUGAAGUUUUACUUAACCAAGUAAAUAGUGAAUUUGAGGUUGGCUUUUCUAUGCUUUAUUUCUUGAUUAACACACACGGCUCCCUUUUUCUGUUGUGCAUAUGAAAAUUUUGCAAGGAUUUGGAUUUCAAGUUGGAGUAGGCAUUUCUCUGUAGUAGCUAAAUGUUGCAUUUUGGAGGUUUCUGUAAGUGGUUUUAGGGAAUGGCAAUUUCUUGGACAUUAGUUGCCUCAUUAGGAGUUUCUUGGGUUGGAGUUUUUCUGAAUCUGGGGGCUAUUUGGGAUUGGAAAAGCUAAAAUCCCGGGUGGAUGUUGGAAAAUGAUUCGCAUGAUGACAAGUUUGUUGCGAGAAAUGUGCUAGGAGCGGUUCAAAAUCAUCGGCUGCCUCUCAAUUGUCGGUGGUGUUGUUUUUUUGUGUUGGAGAAGUUUAUUAGUUCUGUAGGACUCCAUAAGGAGAACGAGAGGUAGCAAAAAGUACCAAAUUUUGCACUUGUAAUUUUUUCCAGAGAUGCGAAACCCUGCUCCAGUUUGGGAUCACAACGCAGCUAUGGAAGUGAUCAAGGGCUCUAAUGGAAUCGAUCAAGUUAUACUUCGAAACCCACGUGGGUCUUCGGUGCAGAUGAGCUUACAAGGAGGUCAAGUCACUUCUUGGCGGAACCGUCGUGGUGAAGAACUUCUCUUCACUAGUAGCAAGGUGGACUCUAAGCCUCCAAAAGCAGCGCAGGGAGGGAUUCUCAUAUGCUUUCCUCAGUUUGGAAACUGUGGUCCACUUGAACAACAUGGAUUUGCAAGGAACAAAAUUUGGAGUAUUGACGAGAAUCCUCCACCUCUGCACCCAAUGGAUUAUCUUGGCCAAUCAUUUGUUGACUUGCUACUCAGACCAUCUGAAGAAGAUCUUAAGUGCUGGCCCCAUCGUUUUGAGCUUCGUCUUAGAGUUGCUCUUUCAGCAGAUGGAAAACUGACAUUGAUAUCUCGAGUUAGAAACAUUACUGGUGAACCAUUUAGUUUCGCAUUCGCCUACCAUUCAUAUUUAUCUGUCUCUGACGUAAGUGAAGUGAGGGUGGAAGGGCUGGAAACACUCGACUAUCUGGACAACCUUUGUCAAAGAGAACGUUUCACAGACCAAGGGGGGGCUGUGACUUUUGAAUCUGAGGUGGAUCGAGUUUAUCUUAAUUCUCCAAAUGUUCUUGCAGUCCUAGAUCAUGAAAGGAAGAGAACCUAUGUGAUAAGGAAAGUUGGCUUAGAAGAUGUUGCGAUCUGGAACCCAUGGGAUAAGAAAUCAAGAGGCAUGGCGGAUCUUGGGGCGGAGGAGUAUAAGAAGAUGGUGUGUGUUGAUACUGCAGCCAUUGAGAAUCCCAUCACUUUGAAGCUAGGAGAGGAAUGGACUGGACGACUGGAACUCGUUAAUUUGCCUUCAAGUUUUUCAAGCCAGACCUUGAUCCCCUAAACACCCGUGCCUUAAGAGGGAUGAGAAGAAAGCCAAGAGUCAGAGUCACUGCCUUUCUGUUGCAGUUAUAAUAUCUGGUUUUGAGUAAAGUCUGAAUAAAAACUUCUAGGUGUGCCUUGGUGUUUAAGUUGAAUGUAAGUAAAGUCUUGAGGUAUGUUAAUGGGAUUGUGGAAGAACUGUGGGUAUGAAGGAUCAUGACAGAUCCUGGGAUGUGAUGGAAAUCUAUGUUUUGUUGGUAUGAA